AUGAGGAUUGCCACAACCUACAUCGGCACCCACUACGAGUACACCAUCCAGACCACCCUCCGCCACUGCGCCCUCCUCCUGCACCGCACCGGCGGCCGCUCCGACGCCGGCACCGACCUCCUCGGCACCUGGCACCUGCCCACCCACGAACACCCGCUGCGCGUGCUCGUGCAAUGCAAAGCGCUGAAGACCAAGCUGGGGCCGAACCUGGUGCGUGAGCUCGAGGGCACGUUUGCGCAGGCGCCGGUGGGGUGGCGCAGUCGCACACACUCUCAUACACACACAUACAGUGGUAGUGGUGGUGGUGGUGGCAGCGUGGUGGGCGUGCUGGUUAGUCCCCGCGAGGCGACGAGGGGGGUCCGGGGCGCGUUGGCCAAGAUCCCUGGCAUGGACCAGGUCGAAAGGGACAUGCUCCGGGCGCAGGACCGGUGGUUUGCCCUCUGGGGGGUGGGCGAGGAACGAUACGAGGAGGUGGUCGAGGUCGUGGAGAGGCUGUUCCCCGAGGAGAAGCCGUUGCUGUUUGCCCGCGAUGGGCGGGUGACUGGACUCACCGAGGAAGAAAUGCAGGUCGUCAGGACGGCGUUGGCUACGGGGACUACCCACACAAGCACAGACACGAGCACAAUAAAAGUGUAAUCGGU